AUCUCCAAAAGUGUUAAGUGUACAUGUGUAUUGUCUCAUUCAGGUAGUUUUUGUUAGGUAACCCCAGGUUAUUUUCACUGAGAGGAAUUUGUAUUCAUUUUACCUCCAAUGUACUGAGAAAUAUCAGAAAUCUCAGAAAGCUUGAAUUCAUUAACUUGAAACAGUAAACUACAACUUUUACCUGUAAUGCUUGAAUUAUUAUGUCAGAAAGCCUUUUAUUAUGUUUGUAUUGGUUGUUUUUUUAUUUUAUUAAACUGUAUACUUACACAUGUGUUCUUCUGAAGGUCUCUGUUUGAUCUUUGCCAGCUUGGCUUCUACCUCCAGGCUGAUGUGUUACUAUAACAGCAAGGCUGAAGACAGACCAAAUGUCGGGAAGUUCAGAGUUUCAAAUAUUGAUCCGGACAAGUGCACCCAUCUGAUUUUUGCAUUUUCUGACAUAAGUGAAAAUGAGCUGGUUCCCACAACUGUAAAUGAUGUUCAGCAGUACAUCGAAUUUAACGCACUCAAACAAAGAAAUCCACUUCUGAAAACCCUGUUGGCUGUUGGUGGACAGAAGUUUGGGACAGAAAAAUUCAGGACAAUGGCGGGAUCAAAAGAGAACAGAGAAGUGUUCAUCAAGUCAGUCAUCAAACUACUCAGAGCAUUAAAUUUUGAUGGGCUAAACCUUGACUGGAGGUACCCAGCUGAAAAGGACAAGCAGAGAUUCACAGAGCUUUGCAAGGAGCUCAAAACAGCCUUUGUGGAUGAAGGAACUUCAAGUAACCAGGAAAGAUUAAUCCUCGCAGCAUCUGUCUCUGCUGAGAAAUCAACCAUCGAUGCUAGCUAUGAAGUCGAACAUAUUGCCAAGCACCUGGAUUUCAUCAAUGUGUUGACGUUUGACUUCCACGGCCCCUGGGAAAGUGUCACAGCACAUCACAGCCCCUUAUUCCAGGGAUCCCAAGACACUGGAGAUGCUGUCUACUCUAACACUGCCUUUGCCUUAGAGUACUGGCGGGACCAGGGAGCACCUGAAGAAAAACUGAACAUGGGGUUUGGAGCUUUUGGACGAGCUUUUUACCUGUCCUCUAGUUCUAGCGCUGUCGGUGCACCAGCCAGUGGUCCUGGUGACGACGGCUGUUUCACCGGUGAAGACGGAUUCUGGGCCUAUUAUGAGAUUUGCCUUUAUCUAGAUGGGGUACAAACCCAUUUUAUUCCUGAUCAGAAAGUUCCAUAUGCCACAACAUACAGUCAGUGGGUUGGAUUUGACAACACAACCAGUAUAAGUACCAAGAUCAAUUACCUCAAAGCAAACAAAUUCGGAGGAGCCUUUGUCUGGUCUCUGGACUUGGAUGACUUCACUGGACAGUUCUGUAACCAGGGCAAGUGCCCAUUCGUUAGCCAACUGCAUAAUGAGCUUGUACCAGGUUUCCCUGAAUCAACUACAACAGCUGCCCCAACAACAACCACAGCUCCCCCUACUACAACCACAGCUCCCCCUACUACAACCACAGCUGCCCCAACAACAACCACAGCUCCCCCUACUACAACCACAGCUGCCACUACUACAACCACAGCAUCAGGCUCUGGAGUGUGUUCAGGGCCAGGGCUUGUCCCCGACCCCACUAACCCAAACUGUUACUACAACUGUGACAAUUUUGGUAACGCUUUUCACACAUGUUGCGGAGCUACUUUGGUCUUUAGAGGCCAAGGCUGUGCAUUUCCCUGAAGGGUUUCACAUGAAUGAAGUCAACACACGUUUGGGGUAAGAGUUAACAACAUAAACAGAUGGAUUCAAAUUUUAAAAAAGCUUUCAGUGUAAAAAAUAACUUUGUUGUAUGUUUAAAAAUUGCUUAACAUUGGUAAUUCAUUCUUUGGUGAUCUGUACUUUGACAAACAUAUGUUUUGUUUCCUCCUUUUUUUAACAAGCAAACAAAUGUUGUAACAACAUUGAAUUUUUCAGCACUAACUUAAAUAUACUACGCAAUAAUUUUUUAACUAUGUGUAUGUUUAAAGAGUGGU